CGGGCCCCGGCGGGCGGGCGGAGCCGAGCCGCGCCGAGCCCAGCCGCGCCGCGCCGCGCCGAGCGGAGGGAGCAUUGUGCGGACGGACUGACCCACCGACGGACGGACGGACGCCGCGAGUCAGCGCUCGAGCGCCGCAUUCUCCGCUGAGGCCGCCGCCGCCGCCCCCUCAGCAACAUGUCGGGCCGGUCGGUGCGGGCCGAGACCCGGAGCCGGGCGAAGGAUGAUAUCAAACGGGUGAUGGCGGCCAUCGAGAAAGUGCGCAAAUGGGAGGUCAUAAUUCUGUGAUUUUCACCAAACUCUGUUGCAAUGCAAGUGAGUGUGAUGUGAUAAAUUCAGCAUUAUGACGUCACUUCGUGAUCAUCAACAGAAGAUGGGGGAGAAGAAGUGGGUGACAGUUGGCGACACAUCCCUAAGGAUUUACAAAUGGGUACCAGUAACAGAGCCUAAAGUCGAUGAUAUUUCCGUGACUGUCAGAGUUGUGGUAAGCCUCUUUUUUAAUGAAGAAACAGCAUUAGUUGUAGAGAAGGAGGAGGUCUCUGCAGUGUUGGUCAUUGAGAAAGAGAAAAAUAAGAAUAAGAAAAAAGGCAAAGAUGAAAAAUGUGGCUCUGAAGUGACCACUCCAGAGAACAGCUCCUCUCCAGGGAUGAUGGACAUGCAUGAUGACAAUAGCAACCAGAGUUCAAUAGCUGAUGCUUCUCCAAUAAAACAAGAAAACAGUAGCAAUUCAAGUCCAGCACCAGAACAGAACUUGGCAACACAAGCAGAUGGCACUGAAGUAAAGUCUGAUGAAACUCAGACAGAAGCAAAGGAGCAGCCUGGUUCAGAAGAUACCUCUGAUGAACAGAAUUCACAGUCUUCGAUGGAAAAUUCCAUGAAUAGUUCAGAGAAAGCAGAAAUUCAGUCCUCUGGAGAAAAUGAUAUAAUUACGGAGGCAUCUAAAAACUCUCAGGACUCUGAAGGAGUGCCACCUUCUAAAAAGAUGAAAGUAGAGGCUUCCCAACAAAAUGUUGAAGAGAUUUAGACUAUAGAUUUUUCUGGUCAGUUUUUAUGUAAGGUACAUCAGUGGGCUUAAUUAUAGAACAACCUUACUUAAGCAUCUUCUCUUGGAUGAGGACAGAACUCCUAACUUUUCAAGUUACCAAGCAAAAAUCCAAGAAAGCCUAACAAAGGUUUAACUUCUCAGACACUGAAAACUUUUUCCUGUGAAACAAACAUUGAGAACUUUUAAGUUACUGUCUCUGAAAUGGUUGGAGUAAACAACUCAGGAGGGGUCUACGCACUGUUUCUAAAGUCAAAAUUACAAUUAUGUUGCUGCUGUAUUUUUUUUUUUUUUCAUUUCUCUAUUUAACAUUGUAAGAUAUUUAAGGAUGGUACAGGUCAGGUAUUAGCUUUCAUGUGAAGUUCAUUGUUCUGGCGUGAUGUCUGCUUUUGUUUUGUGCCUUGUGUUCUGAAAACAGUGCUAACUUUUAAAAGUUGUUUUGCAACUGUCUCCUUUGCAAAGUGGCCUAUGUUUGUAUAAUGCCAUGUAGUAAGGCUUUUUCUUUAUUUUUUUCCUUUUUUGUUUGGGGCUUUUGUUUUGAUUUUGAUUUUUGAAAUCCCUGGUGCUUAAAUUUUUAACAAAUACAGAUCAGGAAGCCAUUUUCACUCUUGGAGUCCAAGGAGAAAAAGGAGCUUGAUAUUUUAUUUUAGCAGCUAUCGUGGAGAUCUUUUAUUGAAUGCAUGGCAUUCGCAACUGUAAAUUUGGUCUUCUAAAUACUUAACUUCAUCAGAAGUUAACAUGAUCUGUUUACCAUUUAUAGUCCAGAUCUGAAUAUAUACUAUAACACAGCAGUUAAAAUACUUACGUAUUAGGUCCAGAUCUCUGUACUGGGUACAACUUGCUUUACAGAAUAGUUCCACUAUGUACAUAAAUAGGAUCAAAGGGAUUGAUGCACAAUGAAUUUAUUUUCAAUUGGUCUUUUUUGAUAUCAUGUUUUCACUGAACUGGAUUUCAUUGUACUGUUUCUUUAUAAGGUGUUUACGUCUAUGUUCCAGGUUAAUACUGUAUUUGGGAUUUUCUUUUUUUCCUUCAGCCAGUCUCGUAAAUAAGCCUUGUUGUUUCCGUAGUCCCUACAUCAUUGUUAGAAACGUUCCUUCUUUUCCAAUUAUGUUGAAGUGUGCUUAUGCUAAACUUGAUUGAAAGGCACUAAGUACGUGCAACUCCCUUCAAAUUCCUGGCAUGUAGGAGUGCAGAACCAUCUGCUGAUAGGAGGUCACGGGGGCCGGAGCUUCCAGCGGGCUCUGUACUUCCAGGGUGAGCUCCCAGUUAGAAAUACCUGGUGUCGCUGGGAACCGCUUAUUUUUCACUUCAGUACACGCACGCACAUACGUACGUACACACGUAUUGCUGGAUCGGGCCCUUAGUCUUUCUUCGCUUUGUGUAGGAGAUGGAACUUGUAAUUUAAAAUAUGAUCUCACAGCUGUGAAAAUGGUUGCAUAUAGUUUGUAAGCUAAGAACUGUAAAUACUUUUUUAAAUGGAAAAAAAAAAAAGAAAUUGCUUCCAGUUGAUACAUUUUCAUAAUUAGCUCUUCAUGAAGCUUAUUUAUUUCUGAAUUCUCCAAUAGUGAAAAUGGCUUGCACUUAGACUACUGCAUUGCAUUUGCAAUUACCACUUUAUUAUGAAAAACAGUGAGGAAGUUGGGGGGGGGGGAAUAAAGGGAGGGAGGAGUGGGGAGCCAAUACUGACCUUCCAUAAGAUGUUUGUAGGAUUGAACUCCAAGUAACAUAUGACACUCACUUUCGGAACUUUUCCUUUAUGUUGAAAUAAAACUUUUUGGAUUUUAACUGAAUAAAAUUUGAUUGCAAACCAUUAAUGAAAACAGUGUGCUCCCUAAUAAGUUUUUGGGAUUUCUGGUCUGAUCAUGAAGUCCAUUAACAUUCUGAAAAUAAGGAAAUGAGGAGCCAAAAACUGUAUUUGCACGAUAUAUGCAAUGAAACGGUAGAAUUCUCUCUUGAACUGUGUGUAUGCCUAAAAUGUGGAUAACUGGUCAAUGAUGAUUGAUUUGUAUGUAUAUUACAUUCAGAUUUAAGUGAUAUUUUGUGAGAAGUUCUAUUGAUAUAUUAAAUGGGCAAAUUUAGAAAGAUUCAAACUUAAAAAUAUUUUUGAUUUACUAACUUUUUGUUGUUUUUAAUGAUAAAACAAAACAAAUCUGAUGCCACCUUUGACAAGUAGUCAUGUUUACUAAUCCCUAUCUUCAGGUGCAUCGCAGCAAGUUUUUAAUUUUAAUUUUGUAGACAUUUCCAAGGGAGUAAAUAGACUUUUCGUUUAGAAACUAAUUCCUGUACUUUAGGAAGAAAUAAAAUAUAUAAAUAGCACUAAAAAUACCUCAAAUUUUUCAUUAGAUAGAAGCAUUUAUUGGCAUUAUUGACAUCAACAGGUUUAAUUAUAAACUUCCUUUUCUCUCCUGUGGCUUCUGCUCAGAACUGUUCAUUGUUCUGUGGCUUACAAGACAAGGCAUCAUAACCAUAUUCCUAGAGGCUUUAUUUCUAAAAUAGUAAUGCUUUAUUUACAGCUUAUACAGAAUACAUUCAGAACUUUUUUUUUAACCAGAGAUUCUAGUGACAACAGACAAUUGAACAAGCAGAUAGAUUUGGGUUCCUUAGACCUGUUAUUGUCAGUCUCUAAGGGAAGAGACUUUGACAUUAUCUGGUAUGAAGAAAUCCAAAAUAGUGUAUAAGACUGUUAUUAGUCUUUUUUUGAAGUGCCUGAUAACAUUUAUGGGCCAACGGAUGUGAUUAAACACAUUUAAAUGCCAGAAAGUACAGAUGGGACCAAACCAGAACAUCGAAUUGAGGUUUGAAACCAGAUCUAAAUCCAUCUUUUUUUGGCUUGGACCUAUCUCUUACCAGAAACUUGUUUUAUGAACUCACUGUAAAAGGGUUUAUUGAAAGCAUUGAGACGUGGAGCAGGAGAGAUGUAAUUUUCUUCAAGAUGACUGAAAGUUCUCAUACAGCUAAUGUUUUAGAAAUAGUGCAAAUAUCAAGAAGUGCUUCCUUGCUACAAUGCUGAAUGUUGGAGCUUCAGUUACAAAUAAAUACAAAAAUAAAAAAUAAAGGAAAAAAAAA